AUGAGAGAAAUCAUUCAUAUAUCUACCGGUCAAUGUGGUAACCAAAUUGGUGCCGCCUUCUGGCAAACCAUUUGCGGUGAACAUGGGCUUGAUGCCGAUGGUACUUACCACGGUACAAACGAAUUGCAAAAAGCACGUUUAAACGUUUAUUUCAACGAAGCUAUGAGCGGUAAAUACGUUCCUCGUGCCGUGCUUGUUGACUUGGAACCAGGAACCAUCGACAAUGUCCGUUCUUCUUCUAUCGGUAACUUGUUUCGUCCAGACAAUAUGAUUUUCGGUCAAUCUUCUGCCGGUAACGUUUGGGCUAAAGGUCAUUACACUGAAGGUGCUGAAUUGGUCGACUCAGUUCUUGAUGUUCUUAGACGUGAAGCUGAAGGUUGUGAUUCCUUGCAAGGUUUCCAAAUCACUCACUCUUUGGGUGGUGGUACUGGUUCUGGUAUGGGUACCUUAUUGAUUUCUAAAAUUUAUGAAGAAUAUUCCGAUAGAAUGAGAGCAACUUUCUCCGUCGUUCCUUCUCCAAAGACUUCUGAUACCGUGGUUGAACCAUAUAACGCGACCUUGUCUGUCCACCAAUUGAUCGAAAACUCUAACGAAACUUUCUGUAUUGAUAACGAAGCUCUUUACGACAUUUGUUUGAGAACUUUGAAAUUGCCUCAACCAAACUAUGAGGACCUUAAUCAAUUGGUUUCCUCUGUCAUGUCUGGUGUCACUACCUCCUUGCGUUACCCAGGUCAAUUGAACUCUGAUUUGAGAAAGUUGGCUGUUAACUUGGUUCCUUUCCCAAGAUUGCAUUUCUUCAUGGUUGGUUACGCUCCAUUGACUUCCAUCAGAUCUAAAUCAUUCAGUUCUCUUUCCGUUCCAGAAUUGACCCAACAAUUAUUCGACCCAAGAAAUAUGAUGGCUGCUUCUGACCCAAGACACGGUCGUUACUUGACUGCUGCUACAUUCUUCAGAGGUAAUGUUUCCGUCAAGGAAGUUGAAGAUGAAAUGCUCAAGGUUCAAACCAGAAACUCUGCUGGUUUCGUUGAAUGGAUUCCAAAUAACGUGCAAACUUCUAUUUGUUCUGUUCCUCCUCAAGAUAGUGACAUGAGUGCCACCUUCAUUGGUAACUCCACUUCUAUUCAACAAUUAUUCAAGAGAGUUGGUGACCAAUUUAGCGCUAUGUUCAGAAGAAAGGCUUUCUUGCACUGGUAUACUUCUGAAGGUAUGGAUGUAAUGGAAUUCACUGAAGCCGAAUCUAACAUGAACGAUCUUGUUGCUGAAUACCAACAAUACCAAGAUGCCGGUAUCGACGAUGAAGAUGAAGAACUUGAAUAUGAACAGGAGGCUCCAAUGGAUGAAUUGUUAGAAUAA